AUGGAUAUCGUGCAGGCGUCGUUCCAGGCCUCGUUCGACUCGCGCGUGGAGCGCCUGGGGGACGUCGACCUCGCCGACCUGCGCGUGAUCUUCCGCUACUUCGACACAGAUGGCGACGGUGCCGUCUCAGCGGACCAGGCCUGCCGGAUGUUCGCGCUGCUCGGGCUCGACGUCAACACUGCGCAAGUGCGAGAGCUUGGAGAAGUCUACCUCAACGAGUUCAUCAAGAUCGUGGACAGCCACGUGCGGGCUCCAGCUCCUGCUGCUGCAAUUGAAGCUGAAGCUCCUGAAGUGGAGGUGACCGAGGCGGGAGCUGAGCCAAUUGUCGAAGGAGAGGCGCCAGCUCCGCCCGAGACGCCGCUGUCAGACGCGGGCGAGACGGAGAGGAAGCUGCGCAAUGAAAAGGUGCUCGAGGACGAGUGGAAGCUGCUGGACUCGUACCGUCGAGGGCGCGUGAGCAUGCAGGAGCUGCGGCUCUUCCUCGCCAGCGUCCAGUCCACGCUGUCGGUAGAGGACACGGAGAGGUUCCUGGAGACCUACGGCAACGCA